UUCAACCUCACGAACAUCGAGCACCAUCUCCUUCCUGUCCAGCUCUCCACCACAGCCCGUCAUGCUCCAACGAAGCGCACAGAGGCUGGCGCCAGCCGCGAGUCGGCGUAUGCUCGCCGCUCGCUCCUACAGCUCUUUCGCCACCGACAACACGAUCCCCACGAACAGUCCGCAGCAACCCCAGCGGCACUCGCCCGUCUCGAGCACCAAUGCUCUCCCGACUGUCGCCCAUGGAGCGCAGGACGAAGCCCUGGUCGAGCAAGUGGAAGAUGGAGAGAAGAAGCGCGUGAUGCAGGCGCCAAACCGAGCGGGCAUUUGGAGCAGGAGCCAGAAGCCGCGGGCUGAGGCCAUGGUUGGGCCACGAUUUGAGCAGACUAUUAUGGAGGACCAGCCUCGACCACUCGCUGCCAUUGACCUCAUUCACAAGCAGCCUGUGAGAUGGACCAAGGAGCGUGUUGUAUCCUGCGACGGAGGAGGUGGACCACUGGGACACCCAAGAAUCUUCAUCAAUGUGGACAAGCCACAAAUCUGCAUGUGCACAUACUGUGGUCUGCCAUUUGCACACGAGCACCACCGCAAGCACCUUCAGAGCUUGCCUCAUACUUCAUACCCGCUCGAGCCGAUCAAUGAUGCUGCACAGAUUCCAGCGGGAGAUCUCAAUGCUGGAAGCGCAAGGACAGGCGCUACCACGCCCUACCAAACUGUGACCGGAGAGCCAUACGGUCAGAGAUAGAGAGCACAGUCCCAGGACUGAGGUAUUGUAAAUGAUAGCUUGAGAUGUCCAUGUCUCACCCACCUGCGACGAUUUUCCUGAAGUGACGUGAAGUCUCACACUGUACUGGCAACUUCGACGAGCCUACCACGCC